GUAACUGAAGAGAUGAACAAAAAAAUAACCGAAGAGAUGAACAAAAAGGUAACCAAAGAGAUGAAUGAAAAGGUAAUCGAAGAGAUGAACAAAAAGGUAACUGAAGAGAUGAACAAAAGGGUAACCGAAAAGAUGAAUGAAGGAAUAAAGGAACUACAACCUACUCCUAACUACCAGAUCAAAACCCCUAAUUCUAACUAA